ACAGUAAUCAAUAGAUAUAAUGGUGAUACAUUUAACUGUUUGAAUGAUGAUAGUAAAGUAAUACCAAUAGGGUUGGUCAAUGAUGACUAUUGCGAUUGUCCAGAUGGCUCUGAUGAACCUGGCACUGCAGCUUGUUCAAAUGGACAACUAUAUUGUCCAAACAAGGGUCACAAGCCACAGAUAGUAUCAUCAAUGCUUGUUAAUGAUGGUGUAUGCGACUGUUGUGAUGGUACUGAUGAGUACUUGAAGAAGAUACAAUGUCCAAACACAUGUAGGGAACAGGGUGCAGAGAUGAGGAGAGCACGUGAGGAUAGACUGUAUACAUAUACCAAGGGCUUGAAGAUAAAGGCAAGGAUGAUUGAUGAGGCCAAGAGUAUACUUCGAACCAAACAACAACAAUUGGAUACACUCAAGAGUGAACUUGAUCCACUUGAUCAACUUAUUGCCAAAUAUCAAAGACAACGCGAACGUCUAAUCAACAAACAAAAGCAAGAGCAAAGGAAACAAGAAGAGCAAGCAAUGGCUGAGAAUGAGAAUGUGGAGGAGCAACAAGAAGCGCAACAUCAACAACAAGAACAACAACAUGGAGAAGUCGUCCAACAAGAAAUUGAAAAGAUCGGAUUGGAUGUGGAUGUUGAGGAACACUCGCUGCCAAGCACAACAUUGUCAGACAUUGAUGACGCAUUGGAUACAGCGCGAAAGGAGUUGACAGAGAAGAAGGAACAGAUAGAGAGCAUUGAGAACAUGUUGAAGCUGGACUUUGGAAAGGACAGUGUGUUCCUACCAUUGCAUGGCAAGUGCUUCGAGUCCAAGACCAAGGACUAUACUUAUACGGUGUGUCCGUACGACAAGGCCACACAAGGCGCGACCAACCUCGGGAAAUGGGAGGGAUGGCGAUCAAACUACACCACCAUGUCAUUCCAGGAUGGUCUUCAGUGUUGGGGUGGACCCAAACGAUCACUACUUGUCCAAGUCGAGUGUGGUGUGGAUAACGAGGCGUGGGACAUCCAAGAGCCAUCCAAGUGUGAGUACACCAUCAGGUUCAAGUCGCCAGCCGCCUGCGAUGACAUCCAGUACGAACAACUACAACAAGAACAAAAGAAGUUGGAACAA